AUACCUGACAUGAAAUUGACUCUUAAGAAGAAAUGUUUACACAUGUAUAAUUGUGCGUGCAGAAAAUAAUAAAAAACAUAAAUUUCAGACUUUGAUUUCGAUAAUAAAUAAUUGAAAGGACUGCUUGAAGGCGCGAAUGUUGUAAAAAAAAUCAAAAUUGAAACUUAUAAUGAAACUAGCAAUUAUUCUAUUACUCCAUCAAACAUGAAUUUUAUGUCCUAAUUUAAGACAGAUGAGAAAAAAAAAAUAGAACAUGUGCCUUGACUUUGGUCAAUGACAAUUGGUUUUUAGUUGGCCUUAUCUUUUGGCUUAUCUUAGAUGCGGUCCGUUCUGUAAUUAAAUAUAAACGUUAGUUGGCUUUUUAAGUGAACAUCUUUUAAAUUUCUACGGCUGAGUUGUACUGUUCAAGGACACCAUGUCUGAGGAUAAUGAAUACCAGGAUGCGGAUAUCGUGUGGGUUAAGUUGCGGAGUUGCUGGUGGCCUGGAGAAGUGUGCAGCCAACAAAGACAACCUGAAGGUUUGCUAAGAAAUACAAAGCGAAAGCCAUAUUGUGUUGUGAAAUUUUUUCAAGAAGAAUCUUUUGAGUGUGUUAAGAAUGCCAAGAUGAUAUUUCCUUUUAACUGUAGUAAAAAAGACGAAUUCAUUCGCAAAGGUCAUGCACUUUUGGCAAAGAAUAAAUACAUGGAGCAAUUUCCUGCUGCCGUAUCAACUGCUGAACGACUGACACGAUCAGUGACUAGAUCCUCACUAUUCUUCAACAGUCGACCAGAUAGCAUUAUUAAAGCAGUUCUCACAGAUUCGCCGCCACAAAGCGAACGCAUCCGAAAUGGAAGGCAAUGUGAAAUAGUAGACAAAAUAUUAAAAACAAAACCGAGUGCCACCACAGACGCAAUUUCAUCUUGUGAUUUGUCGCCAACAUACAAAUGUACUAUGUGUGACUUUCAAAGCACUCGACAAAAUGUUAUGGUUUUGCAUAGGAGAAGUCAUAGUGGUUCAGGGUCGCGACCUCAGAGAAAUUCUUUUGUUGGUCACACAAUUAUAAGUCCAACUAAUACAAAAGGAAAACAAACGCCUGCUGAAAUUAUCCAAGUCAAUGAUAAAGCAUCAACAAUUCAAAUGAAUAGUGUUAUGGAUUCAAGGCCACUGAUAAAAAAAAACGAUUUAGCGUCUUCAAUAGACAGCAACAACAGCAGGGUUGAAAUGGAAUCUGAUAUAGUUAAAACAAAUGAAGAUUGUAACAAAAAUUUAGCAAGAGAACGGCCAUCAAAAGAAAACAAUACUUCAUUGGCCACAGUAUCUAUAAGACCACCACCUAAAAAACAACUUAAUUUUAUAAACUGUAACAAAUCAGAAAACAUACAUAAAAGUCUUUUAGCCGACUGGAUCGAUGAAGACAAAGAAGACGACGUUGAAAAUGAAGAAGGAGAGAAUAUUGUUGAACAAAUUAAAGCUGUCGAUAUUACUUCAGAUGUAAAUAAAAGUAUUCAAUACAAUAGUGCCGUUUCUUUAGCAUCAACAUCAGUUUUCGCAAGUAAAUUAAUAAAUCAAGAAACUUCUGUGGCUGUCACAGAAAAACAAAAUCUAACCCCAACAUCUAAAAUUCGAAAUAUUCCCAAAAAAGAUCGACGAAAUAUAAUUUUUACUGAAUUUAGUCAGAGCGACGAUUUUUCUCAUGUGGAAUCGCUAUCCCAAAAAACCACUAGUUAUGUUUCGUCAGAAAAGCAUUUGAAUGAGGAAAAUGUAUUAUGUGUACCAGAUAAAUCAGCCGUCGAAAUACCAAUACUGGGACCGGCUACACCGGAGCUUCUUGUUCCAGAACAACACGAUACAAAAACGAUUGCAGAAGAAUUACUCAUUACGAAUAUGUUAACGACCGCAUCAAGGGACAAAGCUAAAUCAAACUAUGAAAAAAGUUCUAUGUUUAAACCAAGCACUAAAAAAAAUAAAACAACUCGGCAUGAAGCAGAAACGAUUGAAGUCCCUGUUGAAGUAACGCCUUCUGAUAUGAAAUCGUUCCCGGUGAAUAACUUACAAGAUAAUGAAGAACUAACAUCUACUACAGUUGUAGGUACGAGAACUCUAUCAACGACUGCACAAGAAUACGUAAUAAAACCAAUAAUGGCAGUAGAAUCUGUAUCAGAAAAUGUUAAAGAAGAUUUAUCAUAUGAAUGCACAUUGACUCCACAAGAUAAAACUAUGGCUGAGACAAUAGCCGAAGAAACUACUACAGCUGAAGCACAAACAACUGAGUUACCCAUGGUAACAAUUUCAGAAGAAUUAACUAUAACGGAAUCCGCUUCAGCUUUACAAACUACAGAAAAAGCAAGCCCACUAGAAUUUACAAUGGUAACACCUAUUGGUAAAUCCAGAAUUUCAGUAGAACAGAAGUUAGAUGAACAAAACUCAGAAAAACAAACUUUGGUAGAACAAUCUACAUAUGAACCAACUAAAAUACCAGCGAACGAACCAAGUACUGUUAAAUUAACUACAGUAGAACCAACUUUAAUUAAUCCAGCUACAGAAGAAUCCACUCAAAUAGAAUCAACUACAGUUGAACCAGCAACAUUAGAACCAACGACAAAAGAACCAGCUAUAAUAGAACCAACUAUAGUAAAACUGACCACACAAGAAACAACUGCAGGAGAACCAAAUACACCCGAACCAAUUGAAAUAGAAUCAAUGACUACAGUCGAACAAACUCAAAUAGAAUCAAAUACAGGUGGACAAACUAAAUUCAAACAUACCACUAAUUUAGAAUCAAGUACUAUAAAAUGCAGUACAAUAGAGUCAACCAGAAUACAACCAGCUAGAGUAGAAUCAAUUACAGGAGAAUCAGCUAAAGAAGAACCAUCGACAAUAGAAUCACCUAAAGUAGAACCAAUUACAGUUCAACCAUCAAUAGUAGAACCAACUAUAAUAGAAUUAACCACAGCGAAACCGAGUACAGAAGAACCAACUGCAGUAGAACCAACUAAAGUAGAACCAACUACAAAAGAAUAUCCUACAGAAGAACUAACUACAAUAGAAACACCUACAGUUCAACCAAGUACAGUAGAACCAAUUACAGUUAAAUCAACUACAGUAAAACCAACUACAGCUGAAAUAACUUCAGAAGACCCAACUACAUUAGAUACAACUACUUUAGGAUCAACUAAAGUAGAACUAACUACAGUAAAACCUAUUACAGUAGAACCAUUUACAUUUGAACCAACUCAAGAGGAAUCAGCUACAGUAGAACUUACUACGGAAGAACCAACUACCGUAGAACCUGCUUCAGAAAAACCAGCUACAGUAGAGCCAACUGCAGUAGAACCUCCUAAAAUAGAACCAACAACUACAUUAGAACCAAAUAAAGUAAAAUCAUCUAUAGUAGAACCAAUUACAGAUGAAGCAACUAUACCAGAAUUAAUUACGGUACAACCAAGUGCAAUGGAACCAACCAUAGAAAAAUCAACUAUAGUUGAACCAACUACAAUAGAAGAAAAAAAAGUAGUAUUAAUUAAUACUGAAUCAAUUUCUGUGGAAAUAGCUACUUCAGUCAAAACAACUACGGAAGAACCUACUAUAGCAGAGUUUAAUUCAUUGAAGCCGACUGCAGAUGACUCCACUAAAACAAACCCGAUUAAAAGAAAAAUAAAUACAACACUUUCGACUAUAAUAGUGCCUGCUUCUACUAACCAAACUAAUGCUGAAAUUAUUAAUCAAGAUUUAGUAGAAACAAGAACUAUCGAAUUGAAACCUGCAGAGCCCAAAGAAAAAGAAUCAGAUUUAGAAAACCAGCUGCAAGUUAAAGGAGACAUAAUUAUAGCAGAGAAUCAGCCAUUAGAUCAAACCUCAAUGGUUGAGACUUCUUUAAACAUUAAAAGUUCUUUGAUUACAACUGAACAAAAUAUAUUGGAACCUUAUGUCUCAAAACUCGGACCAAAUCUACUUCAAGUAAACACUGUGGAACCAAACAAAAUCGAACAAAAUUCUUUGAGUAAAAAACAAACGAAAAGAAAAAAAAGUAAAACAUCUGCCAAAAAGCCAGUACAAGUACGUUCCUUGAUUUCUAAAAACGCACCAGAUGAUGGUAAAAAUAGUGAUGAAACUUUAAAAGAAAAAGAUUGUCACGUGGAACCUGUAUUUUCUGGAAAGAAAUCAUCAGAUGAGAUAUCAAAAGCUAAAACAUCGAGUAAAGAAAAAAACAUCACAGAUUUAAAACAGAAAUUAAAAGUAAAAAAACCGACGUUAAGAUCCCCGACACCCAGAGGAUGUAAAAGAGAUACUUUUGAAACAAAGGAAACUCUUGCUAAGAAAGAAACUACGGGAACCCCCGCCAAAAAAGUAAAGUUAAAUGAGAAAAGUUUACAUUCUUCAAACGAGGAUACAAAAACUGACUCAUUCACAACCGAUCAAUCAUUAUCAAUUCAAGUUCAAGAAGAAGCCAAAUAUGAUUCCGAAACAUUGUCUUUAAAAGGGCAUUUUGAAAAUAAAUUAAAUACUGUUGAAUCAGUUGUAAACGAAACUCAAGUUCAAAUUAAAUCUAAAACAGAAAACCCAGAGUGUAGUACAACUGAAUCGACACGCGUUGAUGACAUAAUAAAUUCAGUGCAGCCUUUAGAGUCAAAAUCAGAGUUGGAAGAUGCGAAAAUAGUUUCAGAACUGAAUGAAUCGAAACCUCGUAGUUCCUUUACAGUACAGCCUUUAGAUUCAAAAUCAGAGUUGGAAGAUGCGAAAAUAGUUUCAGAACUAAAUGAAUUGAAACCUCGGAGUUCCUUUAGCAAGGCAUCGCUAGCAUGUUUUGAUUUCAAUGAGGAGGAAGAUAUUUUAACGUCUAUAGCUAAUUUUAAGAAAACAUAUGUUUCACCGGAAAAAAGUUACAAUUUUGGCCUGGAUAGUCGACCAAAGACGCCUGACGCCCAAAAACUUGAAUUGGAAAUGAAGGACAAACAAUUAUCAGCUGAUAUUGAAUCCUUGUUGAAAACGACUACACUACCAGUUAAUCUAACGUCUUCUAAACCUUUAUCAAAUGAAGUUCGAGGACUACCCAUCAAAGAACGCGGAAAGCGAAUUUUCAAGUCCAGAAAUCGAUUUCGUGUCGAAAGUUGUACGUCGGUUUCAACUACUACUACAACAACAACAACGGAAGCAAAAUCUGUGAGCUCGUCUAUUUUAAGUUAUAAUGUAAACAUGUUAACCCCGGUCGAAAUAUGUGAUAGAACUGAACCGCCACUAGAUAUAAAAAACCAAGAGUCUGGGGAGAAAAAUGACACUAAAAUUUCAAAUGCGGGAGGAAACGUCAAGGAUAUGGAAAGCAAAGGGGAACAUGCAAUUGAUGGUAAAGAAACAACCUCCGAAGAAGAAAUAGUUAGACGUAUAGUUUUUUCACCAGCAGAAGUUUAUGCCCCAUCAAAGCAAGAAGUACUAACUGAAUCUGUACAGAUAGUAGAAAGUGCUGUUUCUUCUAGUAGUACGGAAACUAACACGAAUUACCUUCGUGUGAGUGAUGAAACUGCAAAUGAAUGCCCUAAAAAUGAUGACCUUAGUAACGUUGAUAAUACAAAGAAUAUGAAUUGUGAAAAUCCAAUGGUUUCUCCCGAAACUAAAGAAAAUGAUGAGUUGAAACUGAAUUUGGAGCCUUUUAUUACUGAAAAAGUUGGUGAUGUGAACGAAGAUCCUGAAAUGAUUGUUAAAACAAGUAAUCAGAAUAAUAUAACAGCGUCUCCUGACGAUCUAGCUAAGAUCAAUAAUCCAGAAAAUAUACCAUAUACUGUCGAAUCAUCAAUGGCCAAUGAAGAAAAUAUUGAAUAUAUAGAUAACGGGGAAACACUAAUAAAAAAUCAACACGAAAAACUCAUAGAAGAUAAUAGCAAUGCCUAUGCUGAAGAAAUGAAUGAACCUGAUUAUGGCAAAGAAAUGUUUCUUUCCGAUGAAAUUGGCAAAGCAGAUUCUAAUUGCGAAUCGCCCUUCGAAUAUGAACUUGUUACCACAGAAGUGUCAACUAUUGUUGAUCAUAUUUCGAAUGAGGAGCAAAAUUUGGAAAAUGCAAAAGAGUCUUCAACUGAACUAUUAGAAGAAGUUGUAUCGUGCUGUGAUGAUGGAACAUUCUUAAAUGAAAUGAUUAUUGCUGAUGUGAUAGAGUCUCAAAGUUCGGUUGCAGAAAACGAAACAGAUAAUUUGAGUGAAACCUUAAAAUAUGUUGGAACAGAACCUGUUGUGAUCGAGAACCCCAUUGAUGAAUCCAAUAGUUCAAUUAUUGGCAUCAACGCACAAAUGUACGCCGACGAAGAAAACGAUCCGAAAGAAGAAAGGUUACAAACUGAUAUUGAACAUGCAGAGUUAUCCAGCGAUGACUCUAGUACAAUUAUUUCAGAUGCUGAGGCUGAAUUUGGUUCUCCAACAUCAAUGUUAGAUGACGAAAGAGUGCUGAACAGACCCAUAUCCGGGGGUGAAACGCCAGCUACAAAUGCUGAAGGAAAAGGAUACAAAACACUGAAGAAAUCAACGCGCAAAACACGCAAUCAGUUACAAAAUUCAUUAAAGGAAAAUAAGCGACUUAUUCAAUCGCUACAAUGUGAUACACAAGAAAGCACAUCAAAUGAUGUUGUUAAUGAGAUAGUUUAUAAUGCGAACAAAUAUGGAAAUGAUGUAAAAGAAUGUAUUUUAGAGUCAAAGCUAUAUUGUGGUGAGAACAAUUCAUUCCGUAACAAAGUGAUUGAACACGAAUUGACUGAACAUGAAUCUUGUUCCCAAGAAAAUAAUGAUAUCCUAGGAAAACAUGAAAAUAUACUACCACUAAAUGAAAAAGACACUUUGGAUUCAAAUUAUGAAAAUUCUGAUUCAUCUGAAGAGGAGGAAGAAGAAAUCUGUUCUCCUCCGAUAGAACCACUACUAGAUGAAGAUACCGAAGCAGAAACAAUUGAAAAUUAUUCUACUACAACAAGCUUAUCCAAAAGUGAGAUAGGACCACAAGUUGAUUGUGAAGUACCAAUUGUCGAUGAUAUCGUGCAGGAAUUCCAAAUCGAUCAUCCGGAAAAUCCUAAAACAGAAAAUGAAAUCUCAGAGGAAUAUAAUUCUGAAAUGACAAGUACUCAAACAGAGGGAAACGAGUUUGUCGAAGACCUAAAUGGAAAAACAUCUGAUUCUUAUUAUACUAUCACGAAAAAAUCAGAUACUAUAAUAAAACUUAACAAACAUAAAGAAAAAUCAAAAACAGAGAAAGGCUGGACAGAAACUAACGUUGAUGUCCGAAAAUCAGAAUUAGCAGGUGAAGAGUUGACUGCCGCUGAGGCUUUACUUCUUAUUCCUAAUCAAGCAACAAAUAUAGAAAACUCCACUGAACUCAUAACGAAACCACAAGAUUCCGUUGAUUCCUUGAGUGAAGUUAAGAAUUUGGAGAAUUUGCUGGCUGAAGAAGAAAUAAAAGAGGAAACAUUAGAAUGUAAUGAAUCAACAUCCACACAGGAUUUGGAAUUAUGUGACAAGGGAGAUGUCCCAAAAGAACUAAUUCGAAGAAAAAGGCGUUCCCACAUGAAAGUGACACCCCGAAAACGUGUGAUUGAUGAAGGUAGGUCAGAGGAAAAACCAGAAGAAUCAAAUAUUGACGUUAAAGUUCCAAAACUAUCAAAUGUUUCAAAAGACCCCGGUUUACAAUUAAUAAAACCAUCUGAUAAUUUUGAAGACAGUUUUGUCCUCAAGUAUAUGAAAGAGUCAUUAACAGAUGAAAUUGAUUCAUUUGAAUCGAUCAAAGGUAUCACCAUUGAUUCAGACAAGACAUCAUCCAAUUUAGCUGAAAAACAAACUCUGGAAAAAGUUCACAUAACUGUUGAUAUUUCGAAUCCACUUUCAUCUCAAAUUGCAACUAUUCUAGGUACGAAUAGACCUUCGUCUACCGAGGCUCCUCUGAGGAGUGGAGUUAAAAAGCGAAAGAUGAGUGUUGAAGACGAUAUUCCUUCGUUUAUAAUAAAAAGACCUUGCCCGAAAACUAUUGCAGAAGAAGAAGCAGCCGAUAGAGAGACAAUUGCUCAGAUACAGAACCUUUGCCCACAAGUAGAAAUAACGAGAAAAUCUUCCAAAGAUGAUCAAAAUACGUCAAUGCAAACCUCACAACAAGCUAAGCCGCAAAUAAUUAAUCAACAGAUCCUGCGUGCGGGAAAUAACCAACCAUUAAUAACGGUGACAGCCAAAUGCAGUAAGCCCGAGGAAGGUAUAUUCGAUAUUUCUAAUAUGCCCAUUGUUCUUUCAAAUGAAAAAAUUAUAAACGAAAAAGUACACCUUGUUAUUACUCCAACAACGAAUCCACAAAUAAUAAAACAGUUACAAAACCAACAUCAGUUGGCUAGCAACACAGGAACAAGUUCCAGCAAUUUCUCUGGAAACAGUUCUGCAAAUGUAACAAAAGCGGGCAUACCUGUCCGCAGGACAUCUUGUGUUCGAACUAAACGUACGCCAUCCCGACAACAAUUGCCAGAACAACAAAUUCCAGAAACUCAAAAUUUCGAGCAAGAAAAUUAUCAACAACAAAUUAAUAUUCAACAACAACCAAAUCAACAGCAAGAAUAUAUUCAUCCUAAUCCGCAGCUACAACAACAGCAUCAGAUACAACAGGAUCAUAACCAACUGCAGCUACAGCGGCAGAAUCCCCAAGGACAGAUGCAAACACAUAAUCAAUUUCAACAGCAGUUUCAACAACAACAAUUCCAACAUCAUCAAAAUCAAAUUCAACAACAACUCCAAGAAGAACAAAAUAUUUUAAUGCAGCACCACCACCAGCUAUUGAUGCAACAACAACUGCAGUUGCAACAACAGCUUCAAAGCCAACAACAACUUGCAAGUAACGAAAAAUCAUCCCAAUCAAAUCUUUCAGAAAAACAGAUAGGAAUCGAUAAUCGUGGUAAUAAGUACGUUAUUAUAAGAAAUCCCACAAAUACAGUGGUAAUGUCAAACAGUCCGGAGCCAUGUAAAAUUCAACAACAAAGAGUUCCAGUGACAUCCGAUUCAUGUGAAAUGGGCUCCCAGCGCAAGCAAAGACAAAAGAAACAAUCUCCACUUACAGUUCAAAUUGCAACUCCAGCUAAAUCUCCACUACCGGUUAUACCACCACUACCAGUGACAUCACCACAGAAUAUUAUAUCAACACCAUCCAAUCAAACACAGCAAUAUUUCAAAGAGCAACAAAAUAUUUCAUCCAAUAUGCCUGUUGGGCGAGCAGUGACAACGAAGCCAAAAGGCAGAGGACGGGGACGACCACCUAAAAACAAAACAGAAACCAUUUCAUCGACUAAGCAGACUCCAAGCAAUAAUAAUAAAGUCAAUGCAAAUGGAAGACGUUCGACUGGUAGAAUUUGCGAGCCUCCUCGCCAGCGUUCAAUGCGGUCGCUGCCAGAAACAACUUCUUCGGAAACUCAUCAAUCAGCAAUGGCAUCCACAACCGUAUACACACCAAAUCAACAACAGACACAAUCUGUCGGAUUUAUGAUAAAUCCUGAAUACACUUCGAUGACAAUGGGUUCUUCACAAAGUAUUCGCGCAAAUAAUGAUUCUUAUCAGAACCAAGCAAUAGGCCUGAAUCCACAAUCUGCUUCAACAACAACGACUGAAAUUUCAAUUGAAACAUCUGAGGUGUCUGGCGGUGGUUACGCAGUACCUUCCCUUCCGGUGCCAGGAUACCCGCAAACAUAUUUGCUUUGCGAGCUAGUUGGCAAUAAAUAUAAAGAAGUUUUUUCAAAACCUCUGUAUCUAUCACCAGACCGAACAAGAUUUUUAGAAGUACCCGACGAACUGGUAACCGAAGCCCAUAAGAAAUUGUCGGAUUCUCGUCGAGAACCGAAUCCAAACGCUUUAAAAUUAGUAUCUGAUGGUACGCCACAUAUUUUGCAAUCGAGGUUAAUUGAGAUUAAUUCAGAAAACAUGGUGAAUCAAAACGAAGGCAAUAGUCAGCACGAUCAAGUGCUCAUUCAAAAACACCAACAGCUUUCAGUGGAAGAGCAAGCGUCAGCAUUACUAUGUUUACAGGAGCAAUUAACUCAAGAACAGCUUGCACACAAACAGAUUUCACAGGAUCAACUUGUACGAGAGCAGCUUCAAGAUCAACUUGUACAGGAGCAGUUGGUUCAGGAGCAGUUCGUAGAGGAACAAUUUGUGCAGGAGCAAUUUGUUCAAGAGCAAUUUGUUCCAGACCAGUUUGUUCAAGAACAAUUUGUACAAGAGCAAUUUGUACAGGAGCAAUUCGUUCAGGAACAGUUUGUUCAAGAGCAGUUUGUACCAGAACAGUUUGUUCAGGAACAGUUCAAUUUGCAACCACAACAGUUUACCCUGCAAUUAGCAAGAUUUGAAACUGGUGAAGUAAUAGAAGAUGCGGAAAGAGGGCAAAUGAUGGUGGUGACUGCUGGCACCCACAACAUGAUUUUAGAUGACAAAUCUUUCUUUGAAUUUACUGGAGAAAAGAAAAUUGACUUUUAUAAUGCGGAAAAAGAUGCAUAUAUUUUGACACCACAAGUAAUAAGUAAUCUGCUACAUCAUUACGCGUUAGGGCACAUCACAGCAGUACCAGCAUUGAAUACAGAAAUUGGUGAUCAUCAGCAUGAAGUAUCAAUAUCUGACGUUAUUCAAAAUGCGGAUUCAUCCACAAAUAUUCUUGAAGUGGCACUUGAUGAUUCGGGACUGUAUACAGAAGAGCAAUUUAUAAAUACUGGCGAAAUUCUUCAAAUCGAAACACCCGAAGGUAUGCAAUUAAUUGGAACGGCUGCAGAGAAUGCUGAUUUAAUUUUUCAUCACAUGACUAAAGCAAACACCAAUGAAACAAAUGUCCUUCUCAAUCAAGCCCCAAAGAUGUCUGCAGUGGAAAUUCCUUCAGACAAGAGCAAACGAAGAUUCGAAAAUAAACCAUCGACUCCUGCAACUCUUGAAGAUUGUCUCAAUGUAAUUGGAGUUCCCAUUCAAUCUCCAAAUGUGCCCACGUCGCUUGAGCUGCCUGCAUCUGUUACCAAUCCUGCUAUUGUUGCAAAAACAAGAACACCAACUCCAGGUACAAUUACUAUGAAUGAGAUAAUUGCAACGGGCCUGUGUCAUCAUCCUGAUAUAACUUCUUUGCCAUCGAUGAGCUCUAAUGAUCAAGAACUUAGCUAUGAGUUCUUCCCAUCAAACACAGAAGCACACGGGGAUAAGGAUCAAGUAAACGAAGAAUCCGUUGUUACUGAUAUGGGUGAAUAUGCCGUCGUAACAAGCAGUGCUAGUUUUGAUGAUCCCGGCAGAUAAUAUCCACUUAUGUUCUUCGAGUAGGAUGUACCACGCUGGAACCUUCUUAGUUAGGUUCAAAGCGCCACCUUUCGAAGAAUAACAAACAAAAUAAA